AUGUCCGGGUGUUGCGUUAAGAAAAGCAUCCCAGAAUGCCUUGAGGAGCUGAAGAACAUAUUCUCGGAGCAUGCCGGGCGAGAGGGAGAUCCACAAAAACUAAACAAGAACGAACUGAAGACGCUGCUGGAGGCUCACAUGUUCGGGAAGUGCAAGGAAGCAACUGAGGAGGAGGCCAAGAAGAUGUUUGAUGGUUGGUUCAACACCAUGGACGAGAACCAGGACGGAGAGGUGGACUUUUACGAGUACAUGGUGUUCCUGGCGGCGUUCUCCUGCUUCUGCUUCGGAAUCGACUGCGAGACCAAGAAAGGUCAGCGGCAGGAGAAGGACGUCCCACUGACCCACUCCAGGCUGUGGCACUGA